CAUCCAGAACUUGCUCAGUGUGACCUUGAAUGUGGACACAGCUUACCUCCUCUCUUCUCCGCAUCUCCGUGUACUUGGAGCACUUUGGCUUUCUCCGUUGGAUCCCCUGGGUCUGUAGCCAGAUUUCACACUGAGCAGCUGCAGACGGAGAAAUCAGAGAAAGCACAACCCGGCCCCAGAUUCCAAGGGGCCUGCUGGGGACUCUGUCCUGCUCGAGAGGGAAGACCCCGAGGCCGGAGUCUCAGGCCAGGUCCCGGCUGCCAUGGGACUUGCAGCUGCCGCCCCCCGGCUGCCCUCCACACGGCCAGGCAGAUAAGGGCGGGCACUGCCCCAGGAGCACCUGCCGCCCCCCCGCCGGGCUGCUGCUCUGUGGCCAGCCCUUCCCCAGCCUUGGGCCACCUUCGCUGACCCAAGGCCAUGUAGGCCCCACCUGGGCCUUUGUGGAUAGACACACGGCCGGGGACACCGCCUCUGCUCUCUGGGGGACACAGCGUACCACCAUGCCCCGGGGAAUCGCCUGGCUGCACUAUCUCGGGAUCCUCCUUGGCAUGGCCUUGGGGAACGGGGGUUUGGAGAUGUGGCCCUUGACCCAGACCGAGGAGUGCGCCGUCACUGGCUUUCUGCGGGACAAGCUGCAGUAUAGGAACCGUCUGCAGUACAUGAAACACUACUUCCCCAUCAACUACAGGGUCAGCGUGCCUUAUGAGGGGGUGCUCAGAAGGGCCAACAUCACCAAGCUGCAGAAGGCCCGGGUCAGCCAGCAGGAGCUGCGGUACCUGUGGGUCUGGGUGAGCCUCAGCGCUACUGAGUCGGUGCAGGAAGUGCUGCUCGAGGGCCACCCAUCCUGGAAGUACCUGGAGGAGGUCCAUACGCUGCUGCUGGACGUGCAGCAAAGCCUCAUGGAUGUGGAGGUCGGCCCCAAGGUGGAGGCGGUAGUGUCACUCCUGAGUGGCCCGAGGCUAAGCCUGAAGCUGGUGCGACCCAAAGCCCUCCUGGACAACUGCUUCCGGGUCAUGGAAUUGCUGUACUGUUCUUGCUGUAAACAAAGUUCCGUCCUAAAUUGGCAGGACUGUGAGGUGCCGAGCUCUCAGCCCCACAGCCCCGAGCCCUCAUCACAGUGCGUGGCUACCCAGCUAUACCCUCUGUCCCAGAGGCCCCCUAUCUCCCUUCCCCACUCCCCAGGAUCCACACCCGGACCCCCGGCUCAGUGA